AUGCCUUACCUCGUCAUGGAUUGGUGUCAUCAGAGCUUCAGAGCGAAAGAUUCGAGGGGCAUGAGAUUCUCUCCGGAGGUUUUGAGUUUCGCAUCAACAAUUCUCAAUGUUUGCGACGGGAGUACGUUCCGUUUACUGUCAGGGCCAGGGAACAAGUAUACGAGAAACUUCCAUUCUGAUCAGGCUUUGCAUAACUUGCCUCUACCGUCCAUAUCUACUCUUCAUAAGCUGCAGAGUGCAGACAUGAAGACACGUGAUCUAAACAAGUCAAGAAUCUGCAGCGAGGUUUUGCAUGAUUACGGUGAAAUGAAUUUUAACCUUGUAGAAGGUAUUCAUGUGUUGGCGAUGGACAAGACGAUGAUCAAUGCUGGGUUUUGUAAACAGUUCGAAGACUGCGAAGCAGAUUUAGGUGGAGUCACGGGGAAAACAAUGGAUUUGUGUGAACGGCUUGAGAUGCGACAGAGACGGUUGGCACGGCUUUGUUUGGAGGGAACAACCGCUGAAUCGAUUCAGGAGCAUGUGAUAGGCUUAUUGAAAACUGACUUGGAUCACAUCAAUGAAAGGAAAUCAACGACUGAACGGGACUACAAGAAAAUUCGUGAUAAGUAUGUUGCAAAAAUGAUUAGCAACAACGCAGAUACGAGAAGGAAUGUCUCUAAUGAAGUCAGGUUUACGCCACAUCAAUUGUACAUGGCCGGGGUCAUUGAGGGAUGUAGUCAGAUCCAAACUCAAGUGCCGCAACUGAUUGAUCGUCUGAACAACUACAUCAGUACCGCCACACCAAGCGAGGACGAGCGGCGUUCAAUUCAAGAUGAAUUAAAUGUAUACAAUGACUUGUACUACAAGACGGCGAUCGCCGAACUAGCAGAAGAUGCAAUAUGUGUGGUUGCACAGGAUGGACAAAAGCAUAUGCCUCCUGCGCCUGUUUACAUCGGCUUUGCCCAUAAAAGUUUGUGUUCCAAAGAUGGAAAGGAUAUUUUUUUAGCUGUCACCAAUGAAGCUUGGAAGAGAGGCGUGAACUUCAAUGUGUGGUCUUUCGAUGGGGAGUUCGCCUGUAUAUAUCGUUAUUUCUACCAAGACAAGCCAAGUACAUUCAUUCAGGAAGUGAAAGCCAUUAACAAGACUGCAACCAGUAUGGAAUAUAGACAUUUAUGUACAUCUAUUUCAGCAUACAUUUCGGGGAUAUUCAAGUUCGAACCUCCAAUUUCAGAGCACGACAUUGAGAGUGAGUGCACAUUGGACCAUCCAGAUGAGUACGAUGGUGAUGAUUUGUCGUCAUUGCCCAUCACACCUCAGCAAGGAAUUGUACACAUGGAUGUUGCUGAGAUGAGAGAAAUUAAACAGUUUGUUUUGCAGUUACGACAGAACCAGGCCAUAUGGCAAGUUCAGAAGGAGAAGACGCUACGAUGCCACACGAGGAAGAGGCCCAGAGCGACCCUGAAAGAGAUGUUUUGCAGGUUUCAAAUAUUUUGCAGACGGUACGGAUAUGAAGAAGUUCUUUCAUUGGCCAAGCACAAUGAAGAGGGGGGGGAAACAUUCACUCCUUGGGAGAUGGAGCGAAGAAUAGCUGAUGGACUAAAUGACUUUGAUGAACACAAGAUCCGCUUUAAAUUCGACGAAUGGUUAUCCAAUCCCGUCCUCUCUCCAAUUACGAACAAGUUGUUGUUUUUCUCGCCGUGCAUCAAUCACUUGUUGAAGAAUGUCAGGCAUUCCAUUGGAUCAGGGAAGUCUCAAUCGUCUUCUACGGAAGCCCAGAUAUGGCAUAAAGCUUACAGUGAUAUCGCCAAGAAGAAUCCUGCUUGGAUGACUCAGAUGGAAGUCGACGGGACCGCCGAUCCACAAUCGGUGGAUAUCAUGCUGAAGAUGUUCAGUGACAAGGCCAUCAGUCUACUAAAGGCAGAAGGACAUGAAGCGACAGCAAGAAUGGCAGAGGCUAUGUCUGGCCUGCACAAAGCAUUCGAUGAAAGAGGGCUGAAAGUUUCAGAGAGGAUACGUCUCGUUCAAGAGGGUCGAAGAUGGCUAUUGGAAGGCAUCGACUGGACCAGUGUCAGCCAAAAACAUGUCAAGGGACUAUCAUCUGUAACAUUUGAAGGCUUCAUAGUUGCAAUUGAUACUCAUCUGCAAGUACAACAGUAUGUGAGGGAUAAGAAUCAUGCGCUGGGUGAUAGAGACUAUGACUUCAAUUCACGAACUCUCUGCACGGAUAGUGUAGAGAAUCUGUGGUCGUUGAUCGGCCAUCUGAACAAGAAGGAUUUUCUGAGAAAAUUCAAUCAGGCAUGCAUAGAAUUAUCUAAAAAGGUGGAUCCAAACCUGCCUUUUGUAUACGAGCAUUCGAAGAAGCGAAUUGUCCUGAGCAAACCGCACGACCGUGAAGCUUUCAAUGCACGGGAUGGAUCUGAUAAUGAUGUGGAGCCACACAAUAGUACGCAGAAGAACAAUCGAAAGCGAGUAUAUGCUAAAUCAGGGCAAUGGGAUGAAGGAUUAACAGGUAAUAUGCAACGGUUCCGGGGAUUGCGUAGCAUUGCUGGCUGCAAGUAG